AUGGAUCGGAGUACGUGGGAGUUGCUGAUCCUCAAACAGCUCGUCCGUGAUUCCUGGUCCUUCACGGCCGUUCUAGGACCCUCUAAGAACACGGACGUAGGAUUCCCGGGUAACAGGACAGCGGAGGACCUCGCGAAGUGCCAGGGACUGCGGGUCAUGAGGUUUCUCUCCCUCGGGAAUCUGAUGCUUUUGAAGGAGAUCCUUCUUAACGGCGAAGCAAAGAUGAAAUGGCUGCUUAUCUCUGACGAUGAGUCCGUGAAAAUCAUGACUUCACUUUAUCUGCCUCUUGAUAACAAAAUCACAAUCGCCUGCGUCGAAAACCGCUCCGUCGCACUGACCGAGAGACACCAACUCACACACCAACACGGGCAGCGCGUAACCACCGUCGGGUACUGGUACGCUGACGAAGGAGACCCCACAGGAUGUACCCAUCUCCACGGGCGUGAGAGCGGACACAGGAAGAAGAUAAACCCCCGUUUCCCUUCUCAGUAUGAACCACUGAUCAUACUGAAGCAUCAGGCAGACGGCACAGUGCUCAUAGAUGGCGUGAUGGGCAAAGUCUUCACUACGCUUCAGGAGAUAGCGAAUUUUACGUCAGCGUGUUACCGCGUGAAGGACGGGCAGUGGGGAGCCGUGGUCGACGGCGAAUGGACGGGCAUGCUCAGGGAAGUGAAGGACAGGAGAGUCGACAUUGCUGUUGGGCCUUUGGGAAUCACACUCAAGAGGACGGCCAUUGUCGAUUUCCUUAUUGGUAUUGUCAAUUCUGAUUUCAGAAUCGCUUUAAGGAGACCAUCUAACGAGGAUUAUAUGUGGACGGUCUACACAAAGCAGUUCGACUUGAGUGUAUGGCUAGUAUUAAUCUUCCUAACAGCUGGUCUUGUGUUAUGCCUGUAUGUCGUGUCUCGCGGUUUCUCAAGGCGAGCGACGAUCUCGUUCUCGGACUGCGCCUUGACUAUUUUCGGAUUUCUCUGUGGACAAGGUGAGCCGAGGGGGAAAAAGUGGAAGAAAAAAAUAAACAAAAAAUAGAGGAGGGAAGCAGGAAAUAGAAACACGAAUAAGUGAAGAAAAAUAAGAAAGAAAUAGAGGAAAAAAUAAUAUGAAAGUGGUAGUGGUGUCUUCCUGUUCAACAAGAAAUUGAAUGACAGUGACUUCUGUAUGACAAAUCUGUAAUGUCAUUCAAUGGCAAAGCUUUGGUUUCUCUCUCGCUCUUACAAUCUACCUAUCUAUCUAUCUAUCUACAUCUGUCUCCGUACUCCUUCAUUUCUAUCUCUA